AUGAAGGUGAAGAGGAAGACCUCCUCUAGCAGCGACAGUAUCACCGACAUUCCUGCACUGCUGUGGCUCUUUGGCCUCCUCCUCCUCGUUACAGGUGAGGUGUCGGGGGUGAACGUGACCAGUCAAAGCCAGGUGGUGAGGGGCACGGUGGGCAAAGAGGCCCUGCUGUCAGUCAGCUACUCCAGCAGCAGCUCCGACAAGCCCGUGAUAAAGUGGCAGCUGAAGAGGAGCAAAGAGAAACCCAUCACCGUGGUGCAGUCCAUAGGGACGGAGGUCAUCGGGAACCUGAGGCCUGAGUACCGCAACCGCGUCCUUGUGUGCGAGAAUGGGUCGCUGCUGCUUCACAACCUGCAGCUCUCAGACGAAGGGGCGUACGAGGUGGAGAUCUCCAUCACAGACGACAGCUUCACUGGGGAGCAGCACACCCAGCUCACUGUGGACGUUCCAGUGUCCAAACCUUACGUCCAGAUGAUAGCAUCGUCCGUCCUGGAGUACAGCGAGCAAUUCCACCUGCACUGUUCCCACGAUAAUGGCACAAAGCCCAUCUACAGUUGGCUGAAGGGAGGCAAGGUGAUGGCCAAUGACUCGCGCCUGCUGCUGUCACUCGACCAGAAGGUGCUGACCAUCGCACGAGUCGUGAUGUCAGACGAUGACAUCUACGCCUGCACGGUGGAGAACCCCAUCAGCAGCGUGAAGAGCACACCUCUCAAGCUCACUGUCUACAGACGGAGCUCGCUAUACAUCAUCCUGUCCACCGGGGGCAUAUUCCUCCUAAUCACCCUGGUUACAGUGUGUGCCUGUUGGAAACCUUCCAAAAAGAAGCAUCGACCUGUCCCCCAAAGAGCUCCUCUUUAUUUAGAGCCAGGUGAAAAUGGCCACGAUGUGGAUGUUGUACCGAAACCAACUACACUCGGCCGAAGGAGUCCAAUGCCUCUUUAUGUUCUCAAUGAAGAUGAGACUCUGGAGCGUUUGGAAGAAUGUUCUGGCAACACUCUCAGCCAAUCCGAAAUGAGUAUCCCUGCUACCUACGCUCCCGUCCUUCCCCCCUCCUCAAACAGAACUGAUCGGCCCAUCUGGUCGGCCCCUCGCAGGUACCCCCGCAGCCCCUCUCCACUAGCACUACCCCUCCCACAGCACCCUCUCGGUCCUGCACUGCUGCCCGUCCGCUCACCUGCUCACUCCCCCGGGUCGUCUCCACGCAGCUUCAGUCCCAUAAGAAAGGUCCGUCCCCCAGUGGGCAUUCCAACCAGCCACCUGCCAAUAGAGGCAGAGUGUCCAGAUCCUAGUGAUCCAAUUCACUGUCCACCCCAACAAUGA